AUCUUCGGACUUGUUGUUGAUUUGUUGUGUGUGUACUUUUUUCGUUCAUUCGUUCAUUCGUUCAUUCGUUCAUUCGUUCAAGUUAGUGAACGUUAAAACUCAGAAUACGGCUUACAUUCAUCUCGAUCUAAAGCAUAUCGAGAGAAGAGCGGAGAGAAGUGCUCAGAUUUACUCUUCAGUGAAUCAGUGGCGUGUAUCAGUUAUGUAUUGAGUUGCAGACAGAAUGCGGCGGCAUCAAAUCACUUCAAUUUCCUGAAUCAAGUUGUUAACAUUUAAGAGCAACAAUCGGCAACAAGUGUGAAAAUUUUUGUUCAGAGGGGAAAAAAAGAUACAAAAAGAUCAAACACUUUAUUGUUACUUGUUGUUACUCAAUAUAACAACGUGAUCGAUCAAUCGACAUUUUGGCGAUAGAAUUCAGAACACAAGCCCUAUUGUCAGUGACAUCAUCUCAGUGUUUUUUUUCCUGAUAAAAAAAAGUUACGGAAUUAUUGUGUGUGAUUAGGAUACCGAGAAGUGUGUGGAAUCAGUGAAACAGUGGAAUAAAAAUAGAGAUACAAAACCGAGCCAAAUCUUUGCAUUGUGCAUGUUCUAAGACACUUGUUAUGAUUACAAUCAACCUGUUGAUAAAUUAGAAUUCUGCUCAACAAUUAGACAUUUAAUUUGGAAUUUCGAUUGAAUGAUCUAAAAAAUGUGAAAAAAAAGUCCAAAACUCUUCGAAAAAUAUUCCAAAAAUUUCAAUGAACCAAUAAGAGAAGAAGAAGGAAAAAAAUCGUCAACGAAAAAAAUAUCUUCAAAUCAAAUAGUACAAAAAAGAACAUCCUCGCACCGCUAAACUCUUUGCUUAAGCCAUUUAUUUGUCUUGAUUUGUUUGUUUUACACGGCCUGGCUGGCGUUUCAACGAGAGGAAAAAAAAUGAGCUAGAAGUGUGUUCGCUGCUUCCCGAUAUAAAAAGCAAAUAGAAAUUACCGAAGAAGAAGUAACAAGUGAAGAAAAAAAAAACACACACAAACUGUUUUCUCAAGCGCAAUUGCCCCGUUGUUGUUCCAGAAUCGAUUUGUGAAGCGUAAAUUCAGAACACUCGUCGUGAAGAGUACACAGUACAGAGCCCGAGAGACAGAGCAAAGCGAAGCGGCGCGGCCACACACAAAAAAAAAGCAUACAAAGUGGAAACACACUGUAAAUGGUCGAGUGUGGUGGCUUAAUGUUGUUCAACAUGAAGCUUCUGGUUAAAUUUGCUGUUGUUGCUCUUCUAGCGUCACCGCUAGGCGUAACAGCGGUCUGUUACUUUGCAACCGAGAUGCAAGGCGAGUACAUCACUCAAACAACGGUUACACAUAUGAAUCAAGUAUCGUACACACAUGUUAACAUCACCGAAGACUCAAUACCAAUUUGGGGCCUGUGUCAUCGUCGCAUCGCCAACAAUAUCGUUCUGCGAAUGGACUCGGAUGAAACUAGCUGUUAUAAAUGCAUUCACGUUAAUUUAGUAUCACGAAAUGUGCUACGCAUCCAUACAGAGACUGAACAAGAUUACGGUUCCAAAUGCUAUACAAAUGAAGAAAAAGCGAUUGCAUCAUGCCCCACCGAUAGCAUGGUCGAUGAUCAACCGACACAAAAAGAAAUCAUACUGUACAAAACACUUGAAUACAAUGGCGAAGAGAUUAAACGUCAAUAUUGCCCGUUUAACGGACGAUAUCAUUUUAUGCUGACCAUUGACGAUGGCGGACCCGAAACCACGGGAUGCGAUUCGAAAAACUCCGAAUUGGAUAAUUGCCCAUCGGGUUCGGCGCUCAAUUUACGAUUUCGACAAUGCACUUUUAAUGACUAUGGAGCUACGCUUGAAUGCUUGGGCCAAUGGAAAGGACAUGAGAAUCAAAACUUUGUUGCAUUCAUGAAUACCGGCCAUCAGAGCUUUGGACCGAAAUAUCGUUGUGCGACUUUCGUAAAAGAUCCCGACACCAAUAUAAUCACUGUGUCGCUAAAUGCCGAUUCGUUGUGUUCACCGCGCGAUAUGUACGAUCGCAAAGAGAUCUUGGAAUUGUAUCCGAUAAAAAAUCAUUCAUUCGACCAUCAGUUGCAUCAAUACCAGCGUCUACCCAUUUGGAUGCAUGGCGAAUUUGAAUUUUUGACCAUUGAUGACCAUCAAAUCGUAUACCGUGAUCAAUCGUCAUUUAAAACGUACACCAUGAAAGCGGUUGCAUAUUACAACACCGCUUCCAUUGAUGACUCAAAAAGUGUUCGUUUGUUGACAUUUAGUCAAACCCAAUGUGGCGAAGAACAAUACCAUUGUGUGUCGAUCCAUAAACGGAGUGCAAAUGUGUUGGAAUUCCAAAUUGGUUCAAAGACCGUACACCAAAGCUCAUUAAAUGAUAACGGCGGAACUAUUGAUAGCUACCUUGGCGGCAUCGAAAGCAUAUGCAGCGAUCAAUUUUUCGAUAAAUCACAUUUCAUUACACAGGCCCGAUUGGAUAGUACUCGCGAGCUAUCGCCAUGUCCAAUUGAUGGUGAAUUUGUCGGUUUAAUUCCAGAUGCGGAAGAUUUAUGUGCGCGCCUCUGGUCGGAUUGCGAGAAAAAUGACACAAUGAACUAUCAAGUUUCAAUAUGUGGACAUGAUGAGAUUUUUGAUGAACGUAGAUACCAGUGUAUUGGGCAAUGGACGGAGAAUAACAUUAUUUACACGUAUGCAAAACGAUUGGAUGUUCCGACGUACGAAUGUUUUCUUGGCGCAUUGGCGUCAAGUGAUGAGAUUUUCAUCAAAGAGGCUGGCGAACAUUGCCGACGUGACAUCGACCCAUACCGCUAUUCCAUGCAAUUGAAUAAAACGAAUGCAUGUCCGAAAAUGGAAACAAAACAUGACAUUCCACCGUCACGUGAAUUUGAUGACAAAGACAAACAAUCAACGGCUGUUGCACCCGAUGAAACGGCACCAUCAAAUGGUGAAGUCGAGUACGAAUACUUUGAUAAUGAUAACCAUCUUAAUAUGAAUGGUAAUGUGGUGUCAUCGUCGACCGAUUCGAAAGUGCAAGUACAUGUAAAAGAAGGUGUCGUCGAUAUAAAUCGAAUUACAGUCGAUGAUACGCUCGCAUUCCAAUCGAUUCAUCCGAAACUUGAUCUUGGUACGACCACAAAAACCGAUAAUAAAACUUUAACACACAAUCGAAGCUAUUCACAACGGAGCGAUCUUAUUUUAAUUUCCGUUCUACUAUCUCUGUCUGUACGGCUGCCGCCAAACCUUUUUAUUCAUUAAUUCAUAAGAUUUUUCAAUUUUUUACGAUGUGUUGUGAUAAGAAAACGAAAAAAAAACGAAACAUAAAUCUUUCUAAAAAUUAAAUGUAAUAUAGAAAUUGAUCGAAUAUGUUCCAUUCAAUUUGAUUGCAAGACUGUUCAACGGAUAGGAACGUGCUUAGAAUAGGAAAUGAUAGAGAGAGAGAAGAGAGAGAGAGAGAGAGAGAGAGAGAGAGUGAGAGAGAGAGUGAGAGAAACGCGAGAGACGUGGAAAUAUGAUAUGCCUAAUAAAUUCAGAGAUUGUUGCACUGUUGGCUGAUGAAGAAGAAUAAA